CCUGAGCGCCUCGCCGGCGCGCCUCUCCUCCCACUCUUGCCACCUCCCCUCCCCGGCGCUUGGGCGAUCCCCGCGGGAGCGGGGACCCGAGAGCAGCGCCCGCUAGGUUGGCGGUGUAGCUGCGGGAGCGCCCGUGGUGGCCGCGCUGCGCCUCCCUGCACUUCCCGAGUGGGGGCAGAGCUCUCGCAGGCGGGAGACGUCAGUGGCUAGGCGCAGUGGACGAGGGACCUUCAAACUCCUCCUCGGAGGCUCCUCUCCACCCCCUUUGGCCCCUGCCCUUGGAGAAAGUGGAGUGUGGCUCUCGUGCUGCUGUUAUUUCUCUGGACUGCCUGGCGGUGGCCGGAUUCAGCCUCCUGCCCGGCGGGGCUUUCUGCUGUUUGUGCGUCUCCUGGUGGCGUUCCCCUUUCCCGCACACCUCUGCCGACGAUGAGGAAAGGUCUGAGGGCGACAGCGGCCCGCUGCGGACUGGGACUAGGAUACGUGCUGCAGAUGCUUGUGUUACCUGCCCUGGCCCUGCUCAGCGCCAGCGGCACUGGCUCGGCCGCUCAAGAUGAUGACUUUUUCCAUGAACUCCCAGAAACGUUUCCAUCUGACCCACCUGAGCCACUGCCACACUUCCUCAUUGAGCCCGAGGAAGCUUACAUUGUGAAGAACAAGCCCGUGAACCUGUAUUGUAAAGCCAGCCCUGCUACCCAGAUCUACUUCAAGUGCAACAGCGAGUGGGUUCAUCAGAAGGACCAUGUAGUAGAUGAAAGAGUAGACGAAACCUCUGGUCUCAUUGUGAGGGAAGUGAGCAUUGAGAUUUCACGCCAGCAGGUGGAGGAACUGUUUGGGCCUGAAGAUUACUGGUGCCAGUGUGUGGCCUGGAGUUCAGCAGGCACCACAAAGAGUCGGAAGGCAUACGUGCGCAUUGCUUACCUACGGAAGACAUUUGAGCAGGAACCCUUGGGAAAGGAAGUGUCCUUGGAACAGGAAGUCUUACUCCAGUGUCGUCCACCUGAAGGGAUCCCAGUGGCUGAGGUGGAGUGGCUAAAGAAUGAAGACAUAAUUGAUCCUGUUGAAGAUCGGAAUUUUUAUAUUACUAUUGAUCACAACCUGAUCAUCAAGCAGGCCCGGCUCUCAGAUACAGCAAAUUAUACCUGUGUUGCCAAAAACAUUGUUGCCAAGAGGAAAAGCACCACAGCCACUGUAAUCGUGUAUGUGAACGGCGGCUGGUCCACCUGGACAGAGUGGUCUGUGUGUAACAGCCGCUGUGGGCGAGGAUAUCAGAAACGCACGAGAACCUGCACCAACCCUGCCCCACUCAAUGGUGGGGCCUUCUGUGAGGGGCAGAGUGUGCAGAAAAUAGCAUGUACCACAUUAUGCCCAGUGGAUGGAAGAUGGACCUCGUGGAGCAAAUGGUCAACCUGUGGAACUGAAUGCACCCAUUGGCGCAGGAGGGAGUGUACAGCACCAGCACCCAAGAAUGGGGGCAAAGAUUGUGAUGGCCUGGUCCUGCAAUCCAAGAACUGCACUGAUGGGUUGUGCAUGCAGGGAUUCAUUUACCCUAUUUCAACUGAACCCAGAACCCAGAAUGAAUAUGGAUUUUCUUCUGCUCCUGACUCAGAUGACGUUGCGCUUUAUGUCGGGAUCGUGAUAGCUGUCACCGUUUGCCUGGCAAUCACUGUUGUGGUGGCCCUGUUCGUGUAUCGGAAGAACCACCGUGACUUUGAGUCUGACAUCAUCGACUCCUCAGCACUCAAUGGAGGCUUUCAGCCUGUGAACAUCAAGGCUGCUAGACAAGAUCUCCUGGCAGUCCCCCCAGACCUCACCUCAGCUGCAGCCAUGUACAGGGGACCCGUCUAUGCUCUGCACGAUGUCUCAGACAAGAUCCCAAUGACCAAUUCUCCAAUUCUGGACCCACUACCCAACUUGAAAAUCAAAGUCUAUAACACCUCAGGUGCUGUCACUCCCCAGGACGACCUCUCUGAGUUCACAUCCAAGCUCUCGCCCCAAAUGACCCAAUCUUUGCUGGAGAAUGAAGCCUUGAACCUGAAGAAUCAGAGUCUUGCGAGACAGACUGACCCAUCCUGCACAGCAUUUGGCACCUUCAACUCCCUUGGGGGUCACCUCAUCAUUCCUAACUCAGGAGUAAGCUUGCUGAUUCCCGCUGGGGCCAUUCCCCAAGGAAGAGUGUACGAGAUGUACGUAACUGUACACAGGAAAGAAAAUAUGAGGCCUCCCAUGGAAGACUCUCAGACCCUCCUGACCCCUGUGGUGAGCUGUGGGCCUCCUGGAGCUCUCUUGACCCGCCCUGUCAUCCUUACUCUGCAUCACUGUGCAGACCCCAACACUGAGGACUGGAAGAUUCAGCUAAAAAACCAGGCAGUGCAGGGACAGUGGGAGGACGUGGUGGUGGUUGGAGAGGAAAACUUCACAACCCCCUGUUACAUUCAGUUGGAUGCGGAGGCUUGCCAUAUCCUCACAGAGAACCUCAGUACGUUUGCCCUGGUUGGGCAGUCCACCAACAAGGCAGCUGCCAAGCGCCUGAAGUUGGCCAUCUUUGGGCCACUCUGCUGUUCUUCCCUGGAGUAUAGCAUCAGAGUUUACUGCCUGGAUGACACACAGGAUGCCCUGAAGGAAGUUCUACAACUGGAAAGGCAAAUGGGAGGACAACUCCUGGAGGAACCCAAGGCUCUUCAUUUUAAAGGCAGCAUCCACAACCUGCGCCUGUCAAUUCAUGACAUUGCCCAUUCUCUCUGGAAAAGCAAAUUGCUGGCUAAGUAUCAGGAAAUUCCAUUUUACCAUAUCUGGAGUGGCUCUCAAAGAAACCUCCAUUGUACCUUCACUCUGGAAAGACUCAGCCUGAACACAAUGGAGCUGGUUUGCAAACUCUGUGUGCGGCAGGUGGAAGGAGAAGGGCAGAUCUUCCAGCUCAACUGUACUGUGUCAGAGGAACCUACUGGCAUCGAUUUGCCUCUGCUGGAUCCUGCAAGCACCAUCACCACUGUCACUGGACCAAGUGCUUUUAGCAUCCCUCUCCCUAUCCGGCAGAAGCUAUGCAGCAGCCUGGAUGCCCCCCAGACGAGAGGCCAUGACUGGAGGAUGCUGGCCCAUAAACUCAACCUGGACAGGUACUUGAAUUACUUUGCCACCAAAUCAAGCCCAACUGGCGUCAUCCUGGAUCUUUGGGAAGCACAGAACUUCCCCGAUGGAAACCUGAGCAUGCUGGCAGCUGUCCUGGAAGAAAUGGGGAGACACGAAACAGUAGUGUCCUUAGCAGCAGAAGGGCAGUAUUGACCACACUGGAACUGAAACUGAAGGACAAAAUUACACAGGGAGUCUGUGUCCAGGGGAAACACAGCUGAGGAGGAAAUCCAGACAGGACCAAGGCGCUUUAUAGGCAAGAUGGCAAGAGGAAAGGUGGGGGCCAGAAACUACCACCAAGGUACACGCCCACUUCAGACAGCACCACCACAGGAGUUAAGGAAAAUUGUGUAAAUUUGUACCUUGAAUUUAGAAAUCAAUCUAAUUUUCUCUUCGUUGGGCUGUAUGCUGUAUGGUACAGGAUCUUACAGUUUCCUAGGAAACGCUUUUUAUUGCUAUCCAGAUGUAUGGAUAAACUUUCUUAACAAACCCAGUUUCUACAAAUGUUGUUUACAUCAAAAUGGACAGGGAUGCAGACGCUGUCCAUGGCUCGUUCUAUUUUUGUUCAGAUCAUUUGAAGUUGAAGCUGUGGACGGUUUAUUGUGUCUAUUUCAGAUUAGCAAUUUACAGAGAAAUCACAAACUUUUGCUACAAAGCGUGUACAUCAAGUGUCUCAGAUAAUCCUCCCAUCAGUGUUCUGUUUCUGAAACUUGUCAGAUCAGUUGUUGGCUUUUGUAUCAGGGAAGUGGAGAAUCUCAAUGUAAAGGAGAAAUUAUUAAGAUGCCGUGGGAGAACCCAAUCUGUAUCCUUUGGGAACAGAGCUGUAGCACUGCAGGGAAGAUAGUAAUUCAUGUUCCUCUACACAAACAUUGCUGUACCACAUGUGUGUUUGUAAUAUGCAAUUUCAAGUGUUUUUAAACAUAUUAUCUUUACUAUUGAUGAUUGUUACAAAUAUUCUAGCAAAGAGUUUUUUUUGUUGUUGUUUUAGUUAGCAGUAGUUAGUAUUUGGUAUUGACUAGACCUGCUUCCCUUUCUUGCAUUAAGAGGUGGGCGUGGUCCCCAGUUUAGUUCAGUAGCUUUUGUUUCCUUGACCUUUGAGCUACCAUUCAGUGGUGGAAAAGAUUGAAAUGUUCACUGGCUCUGUCUGCUCUUUCAGCUUGCUCAGGCAAAGUCUUCAGUUCUGGCUCUUAUCAAGAGGGGUGUUCUCCAUGGAAAGUUUAUCUUGUGGCUGUCUAUCUGAGAAGCAGUGCGGUUGGUUGUGGGCCAUAGUUUCUGAACAUGGAAUUAGGAAACCAGUAUCAUUCCAGGGUUGGUUAUUGGCUGGCUGUAUGAACUUGGGGAAAAACAUUGAAACUCAAUUAACUCAUUUUCCUUAUCUGUAAACAAUGGUGUGAGAUCAGAUCAUCUCAAGGUUUCAGAAUGCUGAACUACCAUUGUGAUGUCAUCAGCCUUUCACAUCUUUCAGGCAUUAUUGAUUUGACAGGGGAUUACUUCAACAUGCAUAUAUUUCUUUGGCGUAGCCUUUGUAUCACUGUUGUAUGAUGUUGCUGACAGAGAGAUGGCAUCCCUGUAUUAUCAUUGUAUUGUCUUUUGGCAGGGCCCUUCCCUACAGCCUUCCAACUAGUUGUAAAUUCUACUCCAUUUAUUGAUUUCUGGAUCUCGAGACCAUUUCUACAAAAAGCCAAUGCAGCUCAAGGAAUUGGUACAUUUUUUCUUUUUUUCAUUAAUCUUUGUUUUCAUGAUACUCAGUUGUAUUUACAGCAUUUAAUGAUCUCCUUUAUCCUCCAAAAUGUUAGUUGUAGAAGCUAUGUGUUUUCCUUGGGAUCAUCAUGGUUUGUUUUGACAUAGGAACUCCAUUUAGCAGGUAGGAGAAUAAGAACUUAUCAGCCCCAUCGUCACAAAUAACUAGAAGGCAUCCAUGUCCUUAAGCCAGAGCCCUCAAAAUAUGAUGCUGGUUUACUUUGGGGCCAGAAGUGUCUAAGUUGCUGAAUGGAUUCCAGUUAGAAAUCAUUUUAUCCAUUUCCCCUCUAAUUUUUGUUACUUACUGCUAUUCUCUGACUCUUCCAUCUUAGUCAUUAAAGAACUGUGGAUAUGGUUAUGGAGGCUCAUCCUUCGUGCUGUUUAUCUUAUCUUCCAGAUGUGUAUUCUAUAAUCUCUUUCUCUAACCAUCAGAAUACUCAUAUGUGAAAAUGCUGGACACAUUGAUUGUGGAAGGGAAAUUCUGUACUCCUAAACAAGUGCAGUGGCUGAUGUCUAUAACAAUGAACUUGAUCUUUUAAGAGUUUAGAUAUUCUUAAAGGGCAAGAGGAAGAAAAAGCUGUGCAUUACUGCCUCUUGAAACAAAUGCAAAAGUUCCAAGAGUUUAGAUAUUCCUCAAAGACAAGAGGAAGAAAGAGCUGUCCAUUGCUGCCUCUUGAAACAAAUGUGAAAGUUCCUCUUCAGUCCUGGGAUUUUCGAACCAUCAUAGAAAUCAAAACCUAGAGAUCUGUACUGGAUGUUCUAUGUAACUUCAAUAC